AUGGUGAAGGCAGACAUGAUCGCGGCGUCGGUAUGGAUUGUAGUUAUCAGUCUGUGGGUUGGGUCUGGUGAAUCGGCCACUUCCUUCAACAAUCCGUUUGAUGCGAUCAAGGGGUGUCUCCAGUUCGACCAGGUUCCCAGCUACAACGACACGCUGGAAUACUUCGCCACCAACGGCUUCCGAAACGUGGGGCACACGCACAACUCUCGCUACUUCCGACUCGGCAUCCUGGGCAAGAACGAUGGGCACAUCCGCUUCGGGAGAUCACUGUUCCCGUACGAUGAAACCGUGAUCGAGCUGGUGAUCAGCGGUUGGGCCAAUACGCAGAGCGUGGCCCGUCGUCAGACACGUGCCCGGAAUAAGCUGCUGGAAAAUGUGUUACUGAAGGAAACGCCAACACCGAAACUGCUGUCCCGGUCGCGGCCGUUGGUGUUCCGGAUGGAGGUGUUCGACAAUGGGCGCGUACAGCUCACGAAGGACGGGGAACGCCGACCGUUUUUCGAAUACAGCGACAGCCAGCACGCCAUUCCGGCGGACUACAUUGGGUUUAGCAAGUGGGACGCCGAUUUGAUCUACUUCUACGACUGCCCCCUGAAGGAGGACACUUCCGGUUCCAUCGAGAACAGUGUGCUAUUGAGAUGCAGUUUAGCGUGAUCUUUAUUAAUUGGUAAAAGCCGACUCUUUAAAAUAUAUUUCUUACUGGUGGUGAUGGUGCAGCAGCAAACCGAU